CGUCUACCUGUUUGUGAAACGUUUCACUGUUUUCCAAUUACUUGGAGGGAUAUGUCGGACUCGGAGGCAAGUAAUUUAUCCGACAACGAGAGUGAGCAUGGCGGUGGCGGUAGUGAGAGCGAUCAGGAUGAGAAUCGCUCAGUAAAAUCUGGUGCAGGCAGCGAUGGUGGCAGCGUCGGAGAGAGAUCGCAUAGCGCUUCUCGCAGUAGAAGCCCGUCUAGGUCGCGGUCUAGAAGUCCGUCCAGAUCUCGUUCACGAUCUCGUUCAGCGUCUGGCUCAGAGGAUGGCAGAGGAGAUGAAGCAGAGGAAGUUAGAUCUGGAGAUGAAGAAUUGGUGGAGCCUGAAGAAGAGCCAGAAGGAGAAGACUUGGCUGGAAGUAGCGAAUAUGAUGAGGAAGAAGAGGAGGAGGAUGAUGAUAGGCCUCGAAAGAAAAAGAAAAAGGACAAAUACCGUGAUUUCAUCAUAGAUGAAGCAGAAGUAGACGAUGAAGUUGAGGAUGAUGAUGAAUGGGAAGAAGGUGCUCAAGAAAUUGGUAUUGUUGGAAAUGAAGUGGAUGAAUUAGGUCCUACUGCUAGGGAAAUUGAAGGUAGACGUAGAGGCACCAAUCUUUGGGAUUCCCAGAAGGAAGAUGAAAUAGAAGAAUAUCUGAGAAAGAAAUAUGCGGACGAGUCUAUCGCUACUCGUCAUUUCGGAGAUGGUGGUGAAGAAAUGAGUGACGAAAUCACUCAACAAACUUUGCUACCAGGUGUGAAAGAUCCAAAUCUGUGGAUGGUGAAAUGUCGUAUUGGAGAAGAGAAAGCGACAGUACUUCUGUUAAUGCGAAAAUUUAUAACAUACCAAUUUUCGAACGAACCUCUUCAGAUAAAAUCUGUUGUUGCGCCGGAAGGAGUGAAGGGUUACAUUUACAUAGAAGCAUACAAGCAGCCACACGUAAAAGCUGCUAUCGAGAACGUAGGAAAUUUGAGAAUGGGUAUUUGGAAACAGCAGAUGGUACCGAUCAAGGAAAUGACGGAUAUACUACGCGUAGUCAAAGAACAAACAGGCUUGAAAGCGAAACAAUGGGUUAGACUGAAGAGAGGAAUUUAUAAAGACGACAUAGCUCAGGUGGAUUACGUUGACUUGGCACAGAAUCAGGUGCACUUGAAACUGUUGCCCAGAAUUGAUUAUACUAGACCACGUGGAGCUUUAAGGACAGCUCAAAGCGAAUCAGAAGCCUUAAAACGCAAAAAGAAAAGAAGACCACCAGCUAAGCCGUUUGACCCUGAGGCAAUUCGAGCUAUCGGAGGAGAAGUUACCAGCGACGGAGACUUUUUGAUUUUCGAGGGAAAUAGAUAUAGUAGAAAAGGAUUUUUGUACAAGAAUUUUACAACAAGUGCGAUUAUUGCGGAAGGUGUAAAACCAACUUUGUCCGAACUGGAAAGGUUCGAGGAAGCUCCUGAGGGGGUCGAAUUAGAUUUAACCGGUGGAUUAGGAACUGGACUUUCUGGUAAUAAAGAGGACUCGGCGGUGACCCAUUCUUUCAGUACAGGAGAUAAUGUAGAAGUGUGCGAGGGUGAAUUGAUCAAUUUGCAAGGAAAGAUCGUCUCGAUCGAUGGAAAUAUGAUUAUGGUUAUGCCGAAACACGAGGAGCUAAAGGAAGCACUGGAAUUUCAAGCAUCAGAGUUACGGAAAUAUUUUACUAUGGGCGAUCACGUUAAGGUUGUGGCUGGAAGAUACGAGGGUGACACUGGUUUGAUAGUUCGUGUAGAACAGAACAGAGUAGUGUUAUUUUCCGAUCUAUCGAUGCACGAACUCGAAGUCCUUCCAAGGGACUUGCAGCUUUGCUCAGAUAUGGCAACCGGUGUAGACAGUUUAGGUCAGUUCCAGUGGGGUGAUUUAGUACAAUUUGAUGCACAAACAGUAGGAGUUAUCGUUCGACUUGAGCGUGAGAACUUCCACGUGCUUUCUAUGCACGGGAAGGUGAUCGAAGCCAGACCUCAAGGAUUGACUAAAAGACGCGAGAACAGAAACGCGGUAGCGUUAGAUUCUCAACAGAACCCUAUACAAAAGAAAGAUAUUGUCAAAGUUGUGGAUGGUCUACAUGCUGGAAGAGGUGGCGAAAUUAAACAUUUAUACAGAAGUUUUGCUUUCCUACAUUCGAGAAUGUUUGUUGACAACGGUGGAAUUUUCGUUUGCAAGACGAGGCAUUUACAACUUUCUGGCGGAAAUAAAUCCAACAUAUCAUCCAUGUCACCAGUAGCAGGAUUUAUGUCACCGAGAAUUGCAUCACCAAUGCAUCCUAGUGGAGGUGGCUUUGUACGUGGUGGAGGUGGAAGAGGCCGAGGUCGUGGAGGUGGAGCCAGACGCGACAGAGAAUUAAUAGGAACCACAAUCAAAAUAACCGGUGGACCAUACAAAGGAAACGUUGGAAUAGUAAAAGACGCUACAGAGACGACUGCUCGCGUAGAAUUACACUCCACUUGUCAGACUAUCUCCGUGGACAGAUCUCACAUCGCAAAUGUUGCAGUACAAACAAAGGAAGGUGGUUUCAGCAGCUAUAUCAGGACUCCAGCGUAUGUCGUGGGUGGUCAAACACCAAUGUAUGCCAGAGAUGGGUCCAAAACACCUAUGCAUGGCUCUCAGACACCCAUGUACGAAAAUGGUUCUCGUACACCUCAUUAUGGCUCGAUGACACCAUCUCACGAUGGUUCACGUACACCAGGACAAUCAGGUGCCUGGGAUCCAGCAGUUACCAAUACUCCUGCGAGAACGAAUGAUUUCGAUGGAUACAGCAUGGAAGAAGGUGGAUCUCCUGGUUAUGCACCGGGUUAUCCUCCCACUGGUGGACCGUUUACGCCACAGACACCUGGCACGAUGUACGGUUCAGAACAGAGCUUCAGCUCGUAUCAGCCGAGUCCUAGUCCAGCAGGAAGCGCUACUGCGAGUCCUAGCCCUGCAGGAUACGUCGCUACUCCUUCCCCAAGUGGUACUGGGUAUACUACUAGUCCUCAUGGAGCAUUUGCUACGCCUUCACCUAUGGGUUACAGUCCUAUGACUCCUGGAGUUGCUGGUAGUCCAUACAAUCCACAAACACCGGGUGCUGGUCUAGACACCAGCGUAGGGUCUGGAAUCAUUGGAGGAACUGAAUGGCAUACUACAGAUAUUGAGGUUAGAAUUCGUGACUCUCACCAAGAUCCCGCACUGGCUGGUCAACAGGGUGUUAUUCGAGGAAUAUCUGGUGGUAUGUGCGCAGUUUUUCUUCCCGUGGAAGACAGAGUGGUGAAUUUGGUUUGCGAAGAACUAGAACCAGUAGUUCCAUCACGCGGUGAUCGUGUCAAAGUGAUUAUCGGCGAAGACAGAGAAGCGGUGGGCACAUUACUCUCGAUAGAUAAUCAAGAAGGAGUUGUGAAGCUGAACAAGGACGAGGUGAAGAUGUUGCACUUGCGGUUCCUAUGCAAAAUGAAAGCGCCAAAUACGUAAUUUUUCAUUCCAAGACACUCUUCCGUAACACCAGACCGAACCCAUAAAGACAAUUUCAACGACAAGAACAAAGUCAAAGGAUUUUUAACAAGAAUUAUGCGGACAUCGUUAACACGACCAUUUCACGUUGUAUCUCUUGUUUUGUUCAAAAGUAGCAUUCGAAUUAUGUAAAAUAAAUACAUACUAUUAUUGUA